AUGCUUAAGAAACUUCAUCUUUCUCUACCUUUUACCGAAGUUGUUACCCAAAUGCCCAACUAUGCAAAAUUCCUCAAAGAAAUUUUGAGUUGUAGGAGGUCUUGUGAUGUGGUGGAGAUGGUCAACUUGACCAAGAAUUGUAGUGCAAUCAUAAUGCACAAGAUGCAGCCCAAGUUGAAAGAUCCUGAAAACUUCUCUAUCCCUUGUGUCAUUAACAAGAUGCAAAUUGAUAAUGUCUUAUGUGACUUAGGAGCUAGUGUUAUCUUAAUUCCAUAUUCGGUUUAUCAAAGACUUGAGUUAGGAGAACUUAUGCCUUCUAAGAUUACCUUGACAUUGGCCGAUAGGUCAAUUAAGUUCCCCAAGGGGAAGGUUGAGGAUGUUCCAUUGAGAGUAGGGAAGUUUGUUAUUCUGGUAGAUUUUGUGGUGCUUGAAAUGAAUGAAGAAUAA